GUUAGGUGGUCAAGAUGGCGGCCGGGGCGCUGCUGCGGGGGAGCCGGGCCCGCCUCCGCCCCUUCUCCGAACAGGGGGCCCGUUCCCGCCUUUUUUUCCUCAGGGGCCUGGUAUCAUCCAAUAACCGAGCCGGUGAAGAUAGCUGGUUAAAAUCAUUGUUUGUCCGCAAAGUUGAUCCCAGGAAAGAUGCUCACUCCAAUCUCUUAGCCAAAAGGGAGACCAGCAGUCUCUAUAAAUUACAAUUUCACAAUGUCAAACCAGAAUGCCUAGACUCCUACAACCAACUUUGUCAAGAGGUGCUGCCAAAGAUCCACGAUGGGAAGGAGUAUCCAUGUACACUGGUGGGGACGUGGAACACGUGGUACGGAGAGCAAGAUCAGGCUGUCCACCUCUGGCGAUAUGAGGGAGGCUACCCAGCCCUGACAGAGGUCAUGAGUAAGCUUCGACAUGAUAAGGAAUUCAUGGAGUUCCGCAAAGCGAGAGGAAGUAUGCUUCUUUCACGCAAGAAUCAGCUGCUGCUAGAGUUCAGUUUCUGGAAUGAACCAACUUCUAGGGUGGGGCCCAAUAUAUAUGAACUGAGGUCUUAUCAGCUUCGCCCUGGAACAAUGAUUGAGUGGGGAAACUACUGGGCCCGUGCCAUUCGUUUCCGACAAGACAAUGAAGAAGCUGUGGGUGGCUUUUUCUCACAGAUUGGGCAGCUGUAUAUGGUUCAUCAUCUCUGGGCUUACAAAGAUCUCCAGUCCAGAGAAGACACCAGGAACUCUGCAUGGCACAAGCCUGGAUGGGACGAGCUGGUGUACUACACAGUGCCCCUAAUUCAAGAAAUGGAAUCCAGAAUUAUGAUACCACUGAAGAUUUCUCCUUUGCAGUAAAGUCACUGAUUGAACGGCAUCUGUCUGUAAAUUUAAAACGAGUAUGUCUUUUUUGUUCAUUUGACAGUAUGUGUGUGGCAACAGAAAUAUUGAUUUUUGACUGUAUACUGGGGCUUAUGAAUGAGACCUCUCUCUUUUUAUUUCAAGUCCAUGCAGGAGCACUUAGAGAUGCGUUGGGGGAAAGCAUAGGGCCAUAAUUUAAGUCUUAGUGCUCAGCCACAUAACCUGGCUCUCUCUGAUUUGAAACACAGCCAGACACUGGGGGAGCUGGCAGGCGCUGAUGAAAACGCACAAACUUCAGUAGUUGCACGAGCUUUAAACUAGUGAAUGAAUACUGUAUUUAAUCGUGGGGGAGAUUUGUCAAGGGGAUUCCUCUGCGUUGCUUUUUUCAGAAUCAUGGCUGAUGGUCAAGCUUGUAGAGAUUUUUUCUUUUUUUUGCAGGAGCAAAAAAAUUCUACCUGAAAAAUAGCUCUUUCUGACACUCCAGAAAAUGUAUUGCUGCAUCAACCCACUUAUUAAAGAUGUGCAAUUUUACUGUAUCUUCCUAGUUCCACGCUGAGUCUGAAACUUGAAGGGAAAACAGCCAGAGGUGUUCACUCUCAAUCAUGUGUGGCAGGACCUUUCAUAAACAGCUGCUAGGGAGACUGCUUACUCUUCCCUGAUUCCUCUGUCCUCAUUUCCUGGAUUGGCAAAGGGUAACAAACAGAAUUCUUGCUUUUUUUCCUCCUCGGGAACCUUUUGAAGCUUCCAGUACUCCUCUUUUUUCCCCAUUGAUCUGUCAGGAAGCACUCCAUAUGGUUAUCUUUUUUUUGGUCUUAGCCAGUCAGAUAAAUCAGUUGGUAAAGCUUCUCCUGGGUUGUAUUGCUACAGGCUGCAGGUGUGGGGUGUGGCAGGGGAAAGAGUUGCAAUUUUGAAUGGUCUCCUGUAGGGAGAAAAAAACCUCCCUGCAUAUAAAAACUAGCAUGUCAGGGAAGCAGCCAGUGAACCCAUGGAUGUGAGAAGCAUUCAGGCAUGCACCCCUUCAUAUGCAGUGGAUGAUUGUGCGGAGAAUAUAGACUAGGUCUUUUGACCUAGUAAAGGUGAUGAGAAUGUAGCAUGUAAUAAAGGAAAUAGCUAUUCAUAAUCUGAAUGCCCAUUUCUAGAAAAUUAAUGUGAACUAUCUAGUGAACUCAUUUUGCUGUUCCCUUGAUCAAAAGCAGUCUCAAAUAUAGCAUUUUACCAAUUGUUGAUGGCUUUAAAAUGUGUGACUAUAAAAAUGUAGUGUCUAAGGAGUGUAGCCUCCUGUACUAGAAAACGGUAGGCUGGCCAUUUCUGAGAUAAUCAGUGAUAAUGCAUAAUGAAUGUUGACGUGAUGUCCUAGCACAGAAAUAGAAAAUCCAUACACUCUUCCUUAGUGCUGUGUGUGAAGGCACUCACACAGUGUAUGUAUGUAUACCCCAAAAAGUCCCACAAUGGUCAGUGAGUCUUGCUGUUGCAUAAGGGUGAAAAGGAUUGCAACAUUAGUACUGAGCUACAUGCUCCACCUGCAGUAUGUAUUUGGAGACCUCUUCCAUUGUCUUUCCACUGAAAAGCAGGUGGAGUGAUGUGUAUGAAUUCCUCCCCUGUCCUCCAUUUCCCCCCCUACAACUGUGCCCCCAGCUUAUAUUCAAAAACCCUUAUUUCCAUCACACAAAAGGGUUUGGAGCCCUCAGGGAGAAGGGUUGCAGAGGAAAACUUACUUGGGGGUGGGGUGGGGAGAAGGGUCAGGUAUCCAUCGGCCUGCUUCUUGCUUGCAAAUCAUCCCCUGUUGACACCACUCUUUCUUCUGGAGGUGAGGCAGUGUUGAGGAGUUCCCGCAAGGUGUGUUGUGGGUGUAACGUGCAGUUCAAACCUUAGUCACAUUGGGAAGAAGUUCAGCCUGUGACCUGUGAACUUUGGAGGAGAGUCAGCUUGUGUGGUAAAGUCUGAGAACUCCCCAGGCUACGCUGUUCACAUCAACUGAACUAGAAUCAGUGGCAUGAAAAUUUUACAAGCACUCCUGGAUUACACCAUGAAGCAAACCAGGGGAUGCAGGGUUAGAGGUUCACUUAAUAAACUUUCAUGAUUUCAACCAGUUAUGUGGUUUCACUAGCUGAGCAGCAGAAGGUCGUUCUGAAUAGAUAUCAGGCUGAAACCUAUUAAAUCACUUUGAACUUGCAAAAUCACGGUGUCUCCUGUGUUCAGUUUUCUGUUUUUUGAUUUUGCUUUAGAAUAGAGGAAAUUGUUGGUGUUUGUAAUUAUAAGAACAUCCUGUGCAUUGAAGUAAUUAUCCUGUUGGCUAACGAAUCAGUGCAAUGCACUGUGUGUCUAGUUGCCUACAAAACAUCCACUUUAUACAUUACAGUGAGUUUUCUGCCAGAAUGUGUCAAUAAAAUAAUUUUGAUUUUUGCAUA